AUGAACAAGUAUCGCGUCCUGUGUCUUCAUGGCUACCGUCAAGACGCUCUGAAGCUGCGUGGCCGCAUUGCUGCGUUGCGUCGCACGUUCAAGUCCAGCGUAGAGUUCGUGUGUCUGGACGCUCCGUUUGAAGUGCCAUAUGAGCCCACCUCGGAAGAACACGCUAACAAUGGAGAGACUGGCGAGAACGUAAAGCAGUUGAAGUGGUGCGACUUCACUCGCGACGAAGAGACUGGUCAAUAUCUGCUCUCGAGGGUGGAAGAAUCGAUCGAAUACGUUGCAAACUUUGUCAAGAAGGAGGGACCGUUUGACGGCAUUUUCGGAUUCAGUCAAGGAGGUUCCAUGGCGUCGAUGAUCCUGCAGAGACAAGUGAGCACUUCAGAAUCGCCCUUCGCAUUCCGCUUCGCCAUCUUCGUGUCUGCUGGUGCUGUGGGCGAUCCGAAGUACAUGAGGGAUGUGAAGGUGGACAUGCCGUCAUUGCACAUCAUCGGCGAGACGGACGCUGUAGUGGACAACGAGAGGAGUCUCGCACUCAAGGAUAUCUUCGUGAAGCCUACUGUUUUUAUGCACCCUGGUGGCCACUACAUCCCCACGAACAAAGAGCCCAAGGACGCAUUCCGAGCUUUCUUCAAAGAGCUCCAAGAAGCACAGUAA